UAUCGAGGGUUGUCAAGGGCCUCGCUGGCAUGGUUGGAACGACGCUCCUUAUGCGUGCGGGGGCUUGCGUUUGUUCCCUGCGCACAUGUUGUAUGUAGCAUGGAGGGAUUCGAGCGCGGGGGCCGGGGCGACGGCAUUGCGGAAGUUCCAACAGCCCGCGAAUGAGGUUGAGGAAACAUCAUCACGACCGAGCGAGCACGCGCGGAAAGCGACACGAGACAUCGCAGCAGGUGGUAUGUGUAGAUCGCCGGCACGGGCGAACCAGAAACGGUCGUCUGUUUUUGUCUGCUCACCGUCACGUCACGUCAAUCGCCCUUCCCCCAGACCCGGACCCGGAUUCAUCGUCGUACAUAUCGCCUAAGCACGCAGUCACCUCCCCCCUCACUCGCCGGAUCCCGUCUCGCCCAACCAGCACGCUCGGCUGGACACCCCCCUCAUGCGAACAUGUACGCCAAUCACACUCUGCCAGCGAACCCGACAACCCCCGACCACCACCCCGACCACCAACCCCCGAACCCCCUCCCCGCCCCACGCGGCAGCAGAGCUCACUUUGUUGUCACCCUAGAAUCGCCUCCCCUUCCCUCUGCAGAAUCGCCUCCCCUUCCCUCUGCAGAACCAACUGCAACGCCGCCGCCUGCGCUGCAUCACGGCCGCCGCCGUUCUUACCACAGCACUCUAGAGUACUCGACAGCACUUAGCACGCUGAGUUGCAUACGCGAAGAUGAAGAGGGGCGCCAUCCAUCCAUCCACUCAUCAUGCCAGCCAGCAGCCAGCCCAUCAUGCCUGCCCCAACGGAGCACCGGCGGAUGGAUAGCCCAUCCAUGGGGGGCGGGGGGGUGAGGUUUAAGGGAGCGGCCUCCCGCAGUGCUUCUUCUUCUUCCUCUUCUUCUUCUUCUUCUUCUUCUUCUUCCCUUCUCCACUACGCACGAAUACAAAACCUCAACUUGAAACUUGUCAUCAGUCGCCUUUGAAAACGAACAUAUACAUACGCCCGUGCAACAACUGCCAGAUCGGAUCUUCGUUUCGUUUAUCUGACGCAUUUC